ACAGAGGUAUUCAUUUGCUGUAUUCAUCAUGGAGGAGCUAAGAGAUUUACCAAAGAGGCCGUGGGACACCUGUCAAGAAGUCCCAAUCAUUGAAGAUGAACAGACACCAUGGAAAAUGAUCAAACUGCUGAAGAUCAUCUCUUUGUUUGCUGUAGCUGUUAUUGUGUUUGGAUCAGCAUUAUGUAGUAAGAUGUCUUUUCUCCUCCUAAUCACGUUGUCCAAUGAAGGCACAAAGACUCUCCCUCCUGAACAGAAACCUGUUGCACUGCUGUGUAUCGGCUGCUCUCUCAUCGCCUCCAGUGUAUUUCUAUUCCUCAAAAGCAUCUGGAAAUCAUGUUAUAAAACAUCAAAGCUGCCCAGAAAAACAACUGCAGCCCUAGUUCUGUUCUUUGAGUUUCUGGUUUCUGCAGGUGCAUCAAUUCUCACCAUUAUGGCGAUGCCACACUUGGACAUUGUGACCAAUGUGACAAUAUUCAAUGGAGUAGCUGUCAUCUCUGCAAUCCUACAACUGGUCGCUCAGUGUUCUGCCAAACAAAGGAACCGCUUCCUGAUGCCUUGCAUCUUUGGUUUAAUCUUUAUUUUGAUUGGUUAUGUCCUGUUUGUUCUUCUAUAUAUCAUGAAGGAUUCUUCUAAUAACAAGAUGACCAUCUGGGUGGGGCUAGCUGUUGGAGGGUCCAUUUUGGUGUCUUUCAACUGGUGGGAAAACUACUUUCAAAUAAUCUCAGACAACAGCAGCUCCACCUUCCUCGGAAACCUUUGCAAAGACAUAACAAAGUGCCAGAACAUACUGCAAAUCUUCUCCAGCCUCAUCAGGAUCGUUGUGACUGCCUGUGUAAUUGGAGCCUACAUCCCUCUAGCCAAAAUGAACUGGAGCAUUCUGACCUCCAUCCCAAGCCGUGAGACAAAGAUUAUAGCCAUCAUCAUUGGGGUCCAGCUGAUCUCCUCAGCACUCUGCCACUGGUUUGCCUUGGUAGCCUGCAAGAUGCGUGCUUUGCGGCGAUGCUUCAUCCUUCCUCUAUACCUGGCCUCUCUGGCUGUUAUGGCUCUGCUGGUCAUUCCAGUUAUUGUUUACUAUCAGGACUACAGAACAAGCCUGAAUGGGACUACAAACAUCAACUUCACAGACUACUGUAAGGUGGCUGUUGAUGGAAGAAACCAAAACCUGAAAGACAGUGUGCUUCCAUAUAUGGUGCUGGAUGUUACAUACACUCUGUGUUUCCUUGACAUGUCCAAGAUAGCUGACAUUGGCAUACUCACAGGUACGGCACUGUUCUGGUGGAUUGGUCUUGUAUUGGUAACCCUACAUCUCUGGAAGCUCAAUGUGCAUCGAAUACAGAGGACUCAAGACCUGUUCAUCAGGAGGUUGUAUGAGGGAGCCUUUAUUGAACAGUCCCUUCUCCUUAACACCAGAUUUGACAUCCACACUAAGGAAACAAUAAGAAAACUUAGGUAUUUUGAACCGGUUAUGGUGUAUCUGUGUGCGACCAUGUGGCACGAGACAUAUGAGGAGAUGAUGAACAUUAUAAUAUCAAUAUUCAGACUGGACAAGUACAGACCAAAAGAAGACCCAAAGAUCAACGAUUUCACCUUUGAAGCGCAAAUCUACUUUGAUGAUGCAUUUGAACAUGUUGAAGAGAGUCGCCAUCUGAAUGAAUACGCAAAGAAUCUCGUACAAGUUAUUCAAGAGGUUUAUGGCAUCUUCAAGAACGCUGAACAAAAGUUCUUCAGAAAGAAGCAGCAAGUUCCUGAUCAGAAAAUUAUACAGACGCCAUAUGGAGGUCGUCUUAUUGUCAACAUGCCUCAAGGGAACAACAUUGUAGUUCACUUCAAGGAUAAAGAACACAUCCGUCACAAAAAGAGAUGGUCUCAGAUAAUGUAUCUUUACUAUCUCCUGGGCUGGAAACUCAUGACCAAAUAUUACAUUCGUUGUCAGAGGGGAGAGGAUGAGCAGGAGCUAAAAAAACAAGCUCAGAAAGAGAAGCACAACACCUACAUCUUGGCUUUGGAUGGGGACACUGACUUCCAGCCUGCUUCAGUGAUGUUGCUUAUUGACCGUCUCAGAAUAUACCCUCGCGUUGGGGCAGCAUGUGGCAGGAUCCAUCCCACUGGAUCAGGUCCUGCUGUCUGGUUCCAAAAGUUUGAGUAUGCUCUCAGUCACUGGCUGCAGAAGACAGCAGAGCAUGUCAUUGGCUGCGUUCUGUGUAGCCCUGGCUGCUUCAGUCUGUUCAGAGCAGAGGCCCUGAUGGAUGACAAUGUGAUGAAGACGUAUUCUACCAAGUCCACCGAGGCAAGGCACUACAUCCAGUAUGACCAAGGUGAAGACCGCUGGUUAUGUACUCUGCUACUAAAGCAGGGAUGGAGAGUCGAGUACAAUGCAGCUUCUGAUGCCCAUACCAAUGCACCAAUGGACUUCAAGGAACUCUACCAUCAGCGCCGGCGAUGGGGGGCUUCAACAAUGGCCAACAUGGUGGAUCUGCUGGGUUCCACGAAGAUUAUUUCCAAGAGGAAUCCAUCCAUAUCAAAACCCUUUAUGUUUUAUCAGUUUUUUGGUAUAAUUUCAGCCAUCCUUGCACCUGCCACCAUCUGUCUUUUGAUUGCAGGUAGUUUAACCUUCGUUUUGAACAUCAAUUCUGCUGCUGCUCUUGUCAUAUCUGUGAUACCUCCAGCCAUCUACCUGGGUCUUUGCUUCAAGCUCAAGUCAGACACUCAAAUUACCAUUGCAGCAAUCUUGGGUGUCUGUUAUGCAUUCCUUAUGUUGCUAGUGACAAUUUCUAUUAUUGGAUCAAUGGUUAAAGCGAAAACCAUCCUGACACCCAGCAGCAUUCUCAUCAUCUCCAUGUCCAUCAUUUACAUAAUCACUGCAGCAAUCCAUCCUCAGGAAUUUCAUCUGCUGUUCUAUAGCUUUCCCUACAUAAUCUGCAUCCCCAGCGCCUACCUUCUGCUCACCAUCUACUCGAUGGUCAAUAUGAACAAUGUGUCUUGGGGCACCAGGGAGACAAAACCUGCUGCUGGCACAGCCCCACCUCCAGCUCUCACACCACAAAUGAAAACACAAAAAGCCAAAGGCAUUUUCCGACAGCUCUUCUCAUGGGUCAAAUGCUGCAAAAAUUUCAGCCAGGGAAUUCAAGUUGACCAGCUCAGUGGGAGUCAGGACAACACAGCCCAAGAGCCUGAGCAGCUUGAAGCUGAAAACACUAUUGUGGAAAAUAUAACCAUCACAGAAGCAGAACAGGGGCAAUUAAAACGCAACAUUCAAUCAGGCUGGAUUGAAAAGCUCCAGAGUUUGUCCAGUGACCUGACAUUUCAAGAGGACUCACUCGACCAGGAGGAAAAGAAAUUCUGGGAAGAACUUCAAAAGAAGUAUCUUGAACCUCUGCCUGAUGACAAAGAAAAACAGAAAAAGAUGGCCAAUGAGCUGCGAGAGCUGAGAAACAAAGUCAACUUUGUCUUCUUCAUGUUAAAUGCCUUUUGGCUGGUGGCAACCUUCAUCCUCCAGCUCUUCAGUGACACAUUAUCUAUCAAAAUCCCAAAGUUAAACAUUCAGUUCCAGAAAACAGGAGAUGAUAUCCAAAUUGAUCCAAUUGCCUUCAUGUUUAUUUUGGGAUUUGCAGUUUCAGUUGUGAUCCAGUUCCUUGCGAUGCUAUACCACAGGAUUCACACCCUCAUCCAUUAUGUUGCCAUUGUGGACACAGAACCCAAAGCGACAAAGAAACUUGAAAAACAGAAGUCAUGCCUGCAAGGCAAAAGGCAUAGCUCCAGCUCUAAUGCAGACUCAAGCUAUAACUCCAUGGAGGACUUUGAGACUGAGGACAGCGAUGUUGAGUCAGAGGUCACCAGAAAGCCUCAUGAAGAAGAUGUAGUAUAAACAUCCGCUGUGACUGUAUAGCACUUUAAGAUAUCUCUGAGAUUUUACCAAACUGCAAUACAUCUACUACUUAUUUUUUUAUUUACAAUGUUUCAAGUGUAAUUUAUUUAUAUAAGAAAAACCUCAGUUCCAGUGUGAAUAUAUCGAAAUAAGCAAAUGAGGCUAGGUUAGUCAUUUAUUAUUUUAUCUGAUGAAUCUGAAGUAUUGUUUAUACUAUAAUUCUUGGUGACAAUGAGUUUGCUGCUUUUACCUUAAUAUCAAAUUGAAUGACUGAAGUUUGGUAAUAGUGAAUCAGAGAAAAUUUCAAUCAAGUUUCUCAUAUUCUUUUGACGUAUGAUAAUCUGAUCUAGUCUUCCAUUACAGAGCAUUUUCAUACUCUCUCUUUGUUUUCUUUUCUUUUUUUACAAAGAAUUCUUGGAUAUUUUUUGAUUCAAUUUAUUUAAAAUAUGACUUGAUCAUAAUGUAAUUUUAUCUUUAAAUUGGAUUCCAUGCAGAAAAUUGAUUAUUUAUUUGUGUUUAAAAGUAAAAUCAAUACUCUAAUCAGUACUCAGUACACAGUGCUCCAUGUUGUAAUGACUAACCUCGUAUUG